UUGAAUGUGGAUGUUUACAAGCGUUGCCUCCCGCGUUAUGUUAAAACAGCUGUUUAAACACGACCGCCAGCUUCAAAUGUGUCGGUAUCAGGUUUAGAAGAUGAUUAAGACGGAGAGGAUUUUGCACCUGAAGAGCUGCCGGGGUCGAAAGGUCCGUGUAGUCCGGGAACAUUAUGUGAGAGAACGGGUUCCGUGUUUCAGCGCUCUGUGUCAGGCGGACUGUGACAACGACGGUAAGGUGCUGCCUGGAGAUCUUACCCACUAUGUGGUGCCUGAUGUUGGUGUGGUGGUCGACUACUUAGAGAUCUUGGAAUUCAGAGAGCUCCAGGGCAUCGUGUUCACGCAGACCGCCUGCCAGGCCGUGCAGCACAGCAAAGGACGCAGGCAAUACAACCGACUGCGAAACCUGCUAAAAGACCCUCGACAUGACUGCGUGCUGUUUGCCAAUGAGUUUCAGGAAUAUUCCUACUGUCCACGAGAAAAGGGCGAGAGCCAGGAGAAAUGGCAGACCAGGUGCGUGUACUCUGCUGCGGUGUGGUAUCACAACCACCUGGCAGGAAUGAUGGAUAUUGUGAUGAUCACCGAGGAUCAGGACGCUGUGGCUCAGUUCAGCAGCCUCAGCUCUGGCGUGUAUGUCGUCUCCGUCCAGGAUUAUUUGUCUAACUUCUGGAUGGAACUGCAUGCAGCCCAUGAGCUGUACAACUCCAUUUCCCAGGCACUCGAAGAGAAAGAGAGCGAGGGUACAGAGAAGGAGUACACAGAGCAUCUACCUUCUGAAAUCCUGGAAGCUGGGAUCAAGUCUGGAAGAUACAUUCAGGGUGUUCUGAACGUCAACAAGCAUCGAGCUCAGCAGGAGGCUUUAAUCACAACACAAGCAUCCUCUAACAAGAACACAGUUGCAGACCUCAGCAGGGAUGUAUUAGUUUACGGUGGUAAGAAUCGUAACAGAGCAGUGCACGGCGAUGUGGUUGUGGUGGAGCUGUUACCAAAGAGUGAGUGGAGAGGGAAGGUCACGUCCCUGACAGAAAGACAGGGAGACGAGAAGACUGGAGAGGACGAGAAGAGCAAACCCAUGCCUACAGGCUAUGUGGUGGGAAUCCUACAGAGGAACUGGAGGGACUAUGUGGUAACGUUUCCACCCAGAGAGGCCACUCAGUCCCAGAGCAGAAACUCCCAGCGAAUCCUGGCCAUACCCUGGGACCCUCGCAUUCCCAAGAUCCGCAUAAGUACUCAGCAGGCUGACGCACUGCAGGAUCACAGAGUGGUGGUGCGCAUAGACUCAUGGGAAAGCACGUCUCUCUACCCAAACGGACACAGUGUACGGGUGCUGGGUCGGGCUGGGGAGUUGGAGACAGAGAUCCAGACCAUCCUGAUUGAGAACUUCAUCCACGUGCCUCCUUUCUCAGAGGCUCAGCUAAAAGAGAUGCCAGUAAACUCUCCAGAGAAGCCAUGGAAAGUGCAUCCUUCACAGGUGGCUUCACGGAGAGACCUGAGAGGGACCCACCUUGUAUUCAGCAUCGAUCCACGUGGCUGUGAGGACGUGGACGACACCCUGUCUGUGCGAACACUCGACGGUGGGAAGCUGCUGGAGCUGGGCGUUCACAUCGCUGAUGUCACACACUUUGUCCCAGAGGGUUCACUCACAGACUUAGAGGCACGCUCAAGGGCUACAACAUACUACCUGGCAGACCGCCGCUAUGACAUGUUACCUGCUGUCCUCAGUGCAGAUCUCUGCUCCCUGCUGGGAGGAGUUGACAGAUAUGCAAUGAGUGUACUCUGGGAGCUGGAUGCUCACACUCUAGAGGUCACCAAGGUGUGGUACGGGCGCACACUGAUCCGCUCGUCCUACCAGCUCCACUAUGAACUGGCCCAGGCUCUGCUGAACAGAGAGGACACUGAGGUCCCAGAGCUGGCUCCGCUGAGCCCUGAGGAGAAGGAUGCUAAGCUAGCUGAGCUCACCCAAGCCCUGGAGAUGCUGACCCAUGUGGCCAGGCAUCUGCGGGCACAGAGGGACAGAGGGGGUGCUCUAGAGCUUGAAGGAGUUGAGGUGCGAGCCCAACUGGAUGCAGAGAAGAACAUCACAGCUCUGGUCCCCCGUCAGCCUCUGGAGGUCCAUGAGACGGUGGCUGAGUGCAUGAUUUAUGCCAACCACUGGGUCGCACGCAAGAUCCAGAAGACGUUCCCCCAUCAGGCCCUGCUGCGGCAUCAUCCGCCUCCACGGCAGGAGUUCUUCAGUCAGCUGGUAGACAGCGCCAAGGCCAGAGGCUUCACCAUCAACACCAGUUCCAACAAGGCUUUAGCGGACUCUCUGGACCGGGCCGUGGACCCAGAGGACCCCCUGGUAAACCGGAUGUUAAGGAUGAUGGCCACACAGGCAAUGUCACAGGCACUCUAUUUCUCCACUGGAGCCCAGUCCCAGGAACAGUACUACCAUUACGGUCUGGCUCUGGACCAUUAUACACAUUUCACCUCACCUAUUCGUCGCUACGCUGACAUGAUAGUCCAUCGGCUUCUCACUGCAGCCGUAGACCUGGACAAGGGCCUGAGUCCUGCUGUAGCAUUAGCCACCAACAAAGAACUGGAAGAAACCACCCAGCAUAUUAACAACAAAAAUCGGGCAGCUCAGCGGGCUCAGAAGUUAUCCAUAGAGCUGUUUCAGUGUCUCUACUUUAAAGAAAGAGACCCACAGACGGACCCGAGCUGUGUCGCUGACGCUGCCAUCUACGCCAUCCGAGACAAUGGAGUACUGGUGUUUGUGCCACAGUACGGUGUGAAGGGUCCAGUGUAUCUGAAGAAUCGAGAUGGUGAGGUGGUGACGGUAGGACAGGACGGCCGGUGUGAGUGGAAGACCGGCUCUGUUAAACGAUACUCAGAGCACAUCAGCACCACCUGCAGCUCCGGGACCUCCACCUUCACACUGUUUGACCACAUCACGGUUCGUAUUUCUGUCCAACCGUCACGUUGCCAUGCCGACAGCCUGAACCUGGAAAUCAUCAGUAACAAGCCCCAUAAGAGCGCCGAGUCCCAGCAGCCCCACUCCCAGGGCCGCAGCCAGUUAGUUCAAGAGGUGGUGCGUCAGGCCGAGGAGGCAUCCCAGCAGGCCCAGGAGAGGGCCUCCAGGGGCCCCAGACUGUCUAAAGAGGAGAGGGAGUUCUGUCAGAGCAAAACCCCCAACCUGUAUUCACUCCUGGAGGAGAUCAGAGAGCUGGCCCUGAUGGACGUGGGAGCGGCUGCUAAUGUCUGUGCUUCAAAAACAGAGAGCAGAUUGAACACGGACUGGUCAUCAAGUAACAGACACUUAAAAAACCUGAGUUAAUAUGAACAUUUAUGCACAUCUGAACAACAACCACUGUACCUGAGUAGACUCAUCUAAAACCAUGAUGGCAAAUGUGUACUUAUUUAUUACUUUAUACUGUCAAUAGGAAUAAUACUUCCUAAGGCAAGGAAGUAAACAAGGCUUUGAUGUCAUGGAAAACACAAAUAAGCUCCUGUGUGUAUUUCAGUUAUUGUUCGUUUUUAAUGAAGCAAAAAGAAACAUCGCAUAAAUCAGAACAUGAAUUAUAGAACUGCUGAACUCUCAGUGUAGGGACUGUUUUAUGAAUAUCAUGUAUACAUUUUACAGUUAAAUGAUUUUAAGUAGUAUUUUUUACUCAUAUUUGCCUGUUUGUACCAUGACUGGGUAUGAUGACCUCACUGAUGGGAGAAAAGUCAGCAAUUCUGAGAGGAAGUAAUAAU